GACACUUCGCUCCCCCCCCCCGCCCGCCCCGGCCCACAGCGACGCGAGCCGAGCCCCUCCCGCCCAUUGGCUCCCUGCACGCGCCGGCCCCGCGCGCUCCAUUGGCUGAGGCGCCACGCGACCGGCGCGCGGAGGGCGGGAGGCGGAGGGUGGGGCGGUGGAGGCGCGAGGGAGGGGACGGGGACCCUGGCGCGUGCCGCUUCUUAAAGGGGGCGCCUCGCCCGCCGCAACCGGAGAAGCCCGGCGGCACGCGUGUGCGUGCGUGCGUGGGGGCUGCCCGGCACGCACGAGCCGGGACGGCACGGGCCGAGCCGGGACUAGACGGGACGGGCCUGGGGGCCGCGAUGAGUAGCCACCUGCGGGCGGGGGAGUGGGCUGAAGGCGGCCUGGAGCUGCCGCUGGAGCCCGGAGCGCUGGGGCCGGAGCCUCCCGGCUGCAGCUUCCCCCCCGCCUGGCUGGGCGUGUGCUGCCCGGCCCGCGCCCCCGAGCCGCCGCGCUACCUGCUGCCCGCGACGCGGCGGGAGCGGGAGCAGGACGAGGAGGAGGCGGGCACCGCCGAGCCGGCCCUGGACGGCGGGAGCAGCCCGGCGGGGAAGCUGGCGGGGCCGGCGGCGGGGCGGGCGCGGGCGGCGGUGAGCGGCGUGCAGAAGCAGCGGCGGCUGGCUGCCAACGCCCGCGAGCGGCGGCGGAUGCACGGGCUGAACCACGCCUUCGACCAGCUGCGCAAUGUCAUCCCCUCCUUCAACAACGACAAGAAGCUGUCCAAGUACGAGACGCUGCAGAUGGCGCAGAUCUACAUCAGCGCGCUGGCCGAGCUGCUGCACAGCCCCGCCGCCUCUGAGCCCCCGGGCAAGGCCGAGCCGCGGCCGCCGCCCUACGAGGCGCCGGGGCCCGGGCCGGCAUUGGCGGCCACCCAGCAGCACCAGGCGCAGCCGCCGUCGGCGCCGCAGCCUCCGCAGAGACCCUCGCCCCCGGGCCACGGCCGGACUCGCUUCCCUGCGCAGGCGGCCGCCGGCGGCUUCGCGGUGCAGCUGGACCCGCUGCACUUCCCCGCCUUCCCCGACGGCGCCCUGCUGGCCCGCAAGGCGCCCUCCCCCGCCCUCCUGCUGCCGCAGCCCGGGCCGCCGCCGCCUGCGCCGCCGCCGCUGCUGCCGGAGCGCGGCAAAGCCUCGCCCCGCUCGCACCGCAGCGACGGCGAGUUCUCGCCCCGCUCCCACUACAGUGACUCGGACGAGGCCAGCUAGGGGGCCGGGCCAGCGCGAGGCUGCGGCGGGGGAGAGCCUUGCCCUGCGCGCUGGGGCCGCGGGCCGCACACACGAGUCUUCCGAAGCGCCGAGGCCGCUCGCCCGCGCGUAGCCCCUGCCCUUGCUGGCAAACCCGGCGCUAAGCACUUUAUCGGCGGCUCCGAGAGCAAAGAGACCGCACUGCCAAGGGGAGCGGAGCCGCGGCUGCAGGACCCUGGCCUCUGCGACCCCCCACGAACAUAUCGUGUCAAACGUGGCUGUCCUUUUUUAUUAUCAUUAAUUAUUAUUGUUGUUAUUAUUAUUAUUAUUUUGCUUUGGUGAAACUAGACCUUUAUUUAUGACGGAGUGUUUGAGACUCUUCCUGCUUUGAUCUUUAAAAAACAAAACCAAAACUCGUUUCUGCCCAGAAUAUCCUGAUUCCCCUUUUAGCUGCGCCGGCUGCCAUUGUUCCGUGUAACCGGGGGGGAGCAAAUAAAUGUGCGGGAACGAUC